AGUUUUCAGUCGAGAUUGCCAGUGCUUUUGCAGCUCUUGCCAUUUCACGCCAUGGGUUUUGGAAUCGAGGGCUGCUUGGAGCACUUCUUCGAGUCUGUGGGCCGCAAAGUGGGCAACCAUCCUGUCAAGAGCUUGAUCGGGAGCAUCAUUUUCACCGUCGCCUGCUGCGGCGGCUUCGCCUUUCUGGAAAAUGAGACACGCCCGGAGAAGCAGUGGGUGCCUGCAGGCUCCCUCGCCUUGGAGCACGACGAGUAUGUGAAGGCUACCUGGCCAAGCAAUGCUCGCUUCAACUUCUUCUCGGCGACCUGCGCUGAUGUGGCGGAGGCAGACUGCAACAUCCUGGACCCGAAGUACCUCCAGCGCUUUCACGAGCUGAACGCGCAGAUCAUGAACAUCACCAUCGACGGCACCUCCUUGGUGGCGGACCUGGAUAAGGAUCACAAGCGAUCGGAGGGCGACAACCGGCCAUGGACCAUCUACUCUGGAUCCUGGAGUUUCAGCGGUGAUCCUUCCAGCGUGAACGGCAGUGUGGUCUUCAAUGGCCGCAAGUGCUAUGCCUUUGGCCCUUUCUGCGGCCGAUCUUCGGUCUUGGAUGUGUUCAGGGGUGAUGAUUACGUCAUCCAAAACCUGGACUCCAACCAGAUCAUGCUCGCACUCAACAACUGGGAGGACCAGGAGACCUUCUGCCCUUUGACCUUGGCCACAGCUGAUUCUCCGUGCUACAACAGCACCUGCAAAGCCUACAACACGCCCCAGGAGAGGUACACCUGCCGCGUGGAGGCUACGGAGUACUGCAACCAGAAAUGCCCUACCAACACAAUGAUGGUGAAUGGCGAAGAGGUGACCAUUCCGGUGAACAUCGCUACCUGCCAGGACCGUGGCUGCAUCCAACUGGGCAACCUGGGCUCCAUCAGCACCACGUCAACGUCAGCUCCUGGUGGACAGCUCAACACCGCCGCACGGCAAGGGAGCUUGUGCGCUGAUGUCACCCUUUCCUCAUCAAUCACGGCAAAGACAGGAUGUGAAGGGCAUUACCCUAAGCCUUUUUUUUUUUGUCCGUGCAGCUCUGACUCUAGGAGAUAG